AUGGCUCCAUGCGCUGUGGUCUUGCUGUUGCUGUUGCUCCUGCCCAUCACUUGCUGUCAACAAUAUCUCAAUUGCGACAAGCUUGCUGUGACACAGAAAUACCUCUACUCCAAUUGGGGGAUAUUGCAUGAUAACUGUGAGACAUGUUUGCAAGGAACCGAAGCGACGUUCAUGGCAGAGCAUCCAUGCGACAAGCAAGUCAUGAACGCGUUUCUCCUCUUGAAAGAAGUUUCUCAUCUGUUUUUUUUCAAACAGGACAGCGUCGAUGUGUUCUUAACAGAUGUCAUAUCCGGGGCGUAUCUGAGCAUAACAACUUCCUCGCAGGCUUCUUCGGCUACACCAUUUUCCAUUCCCAUCAUUGGAAACACCACUGGAGUCCAAGACAUCAUGGCGCGUUACCCAUCUGAGUGCAACAUCAAUCUCAAUGCGCUCCAUCCAACUCUCAAGGAUAUCAUGCUUGAAAAGCAAGGCAUUGCAGAAAAAUGCUAUUCACUUCAGUCAUCUGGCCAAUACAGUGCAGUAUGCUCUUCUCCGGAGUACAGCAGCAGCUCGUAUUGCAAUGGGUUUUUGGAGAUGUGGUACGGUGCAGGACGUGCAGUAAGCAUCUCGCAGGAGUUUGAAGCUUGCUCAACAUUGGUGCAGAUGGGAAACACCUCCCAGGAAUAUUGCUGGGCUUACAUAUUCUACGACUCUUGCCCGACAGCAUCUAGACCUUAUGUAUCUGUCACGAUGGCCCGUCCAUGCAAGCAAGUCUGCGGACCUGUAGUGGAUGCUGCCGUGACCUACUCAGCUUACCAGGGAAGGCAGCAAGGAUCCUUUGGCCCAUAUCUCAAUUGCGACAAGCUUGCUGUGACACAAAAAUACCUCUACUCCAAUUGGGGGAUAUUGCAUGAUAACUGUGAGACAUGUUUGCAAGGAACCGAAGCGACGUUCAUGGCAGAGCAUCCAUGCGACAAGCAAGUCAUGAACGCGUUUCUCCUCUUGAAAGAAGUUUCUCAUCUGUUUUUUUUCAAACAGGACAGCGUCGAUGUGUUCUUAACAGAUGUCAUAUCCGGGGCGUAUCUGAGCAUAACAACUUCCUCGCAGGCUUCUUCGGCUACACCAUUUUCCAUUCCCAUCAUUGGAAACACCACUGGAGUCCAAGACAUCAUGGCGCGUUACCCAUCUGAGUGCAACAUCAAUCUCAAUGCGCUCCAUCCAACUCUCAAGGAUAUCAUGCUUGAAAAGCAAGGCAUUGCAGAAAAAUGCUAUUCACUUCAGUCAUCUGGCCAAUACAGUGCAGUAUGCUCUUCUCCGGAGUACAGCAGCGGCUCGUAUUGCAAUGGGUUUUUGGAGAUGUGGUACGGUGCAGUACGUGCAAUGGGAAACACCUCCCAGGAAUAUUGCUGGGCUUACAUAUUCUACGACUCUUGCCCGACAGCAUCUAGACCUUAUGUAUCUGUCACGAUGGCCCGUCCAUGCAAGCAAGUCUGCGGACCUGUAGUCGAUGCUGCCGUCGCCCACCCAGUCGAUUCUGCCACCGCCCACCUAGCUAGCCAGGGAAGGCAGCAAGGAUUGCUCGGAGAUACGAUCAAGGAGUUUUGGGAGCUAGGCUCCGUAAUGUAUCGCCAUGAGUGA